GCAACUAGUUACAUCGAACUGGCAAUCCGGCAAAUCCUACAAUGAAAUACCUGGGCAUCGUCCUUUGCGUUGCCCUUUUGGCAAUUCAAGCUAAGUCAACUCAAGCUGUUUGUGGUUAUGAGUCAUGUCAUCCGACCAAGUCGAACAUGAUCAACAUCCACUUGGUGCCCCACUCCCACGACGAUGUGGGCUGGCUGAAGACGGUUGACCAGUACUACUACGGCCACAGGAACAACAUUCAGCACGCAGGAGUCCAGUACAUCAUCGACACCGUGAUUUCCGAGCUGAUCAAAAAUUCCGAUCGACGCUUCAUCCAGGUGGAGACCUCCUUCUUCUCCAAGUGGUGGGACGAACAGUCGGAAACCGUAAGAUCAAUUGUCAAGAAGCUGGUCAAUGAGGGUCGCCUUCAGUUCACCAACGGAGCCUGGAGCAUGAACGAUGAGGCUGCCGUAAACUACCAGAGUGUGAUCGAUCAGUUCACAGUUGGAUUGAAAUUCCUGGAUGAUACCUUUGGAGUCUGUGGACGUCCCAAAGUUGGCUGGCAAAUCGAUCCCUUUGGUCACUCCCGUGAGCAGGCUUCUCUCUACGCUCAAAUGGGAUACGAUGGUGAAUUUUUUUCCCGCAUGGACCACAACGACAAGGGUAGGCGGAUGAACGACCUUGCUUUGGAGAUGGUUUGGGAUGCCAGUGAGUCACUGAGCGACGUCAAGCUUUUCACUGGACUCCUAUACACAUUCUACUGGGAUACUCCUGGAUUCUGCUUUGAUGUGCACUGCAGCGAUGAUCCGAUUAUUGAUACCGAUAGCUACGACAACAAUGUCAAGUCUAGAGUAGACGAUUUCAUCGCCUACGCUGCCCAAGUUGCCGAAAAGUUCCGCACGAACCACAUCAUGAUCCCUAUGGGUGGUGACUUCCAGUACGAGGAUGCUGAAGUUAACUUCAAGAACAUGGACAAACUAAUAAAGUACGUCAACGAGCGUCAGUCCAGUGGAUCUAAGUACAACAUUAUCUACUCUACACCAGCUUGUUAUCUUAACUCCGUGCACCAGAGUGUGCAGUCCUACCCCAACAAAACUCUGGACUUUUUUCCCUAUGGCAGUGAUACCAACAGCUUUUGGACUGGUUACUACACAUCUCGUCCCACCCAGAAGCGUUUUGAACGCGAUGGAAACCACGUUCUUCAGGUGGCGAAGCAGCUGAGUGCUUUCGCCGAGUUGAACAGCGAGCAGCAAAAGGAAGACCUCGAGUACCUCCGUGAGAUCAUGGGUGUCAUGCAGCAUCACGAUGCCAUCACCGGAACCGAAAAGCAGCACGUGUCCGAUGAUUAUGAUCGCCUUCUGUACGAUGCCAUCGUUGGAGGAGUCAACACUGCCGGCGAUGCUCUUCGCAAGCUCACCAACCUGCCCAACGGAGAAUUCGAGAGCUGCCUGCAGUUGAACAUCAGCGAGUGCGCCUUCACCAAGGACAGUGCCGACAACGUGGUGGUGACCCUGUACAACCCCCUGGCCCACACCACCGAGCAGUAUGUGCGAGUACCCGUCAAGAACGAGAACUACCAGGUUACCGAUGAGAAAGGUCGCGUGGUGGCCUCCGAAGUUGUUCCAGUUCCUUGGCAAGUCUUGGCUCUGCAGUUCCGCAACAACGACACUCAGCACGAACUGGUCUUCAAAGCUUCCGUAAACAAGAUCGCUAGCUAUUACAUCAAGAAGGUCGACAGUGGAGAGACCAGGACCCUCGCUAUUAAGAAAACCAACACUCAGACCUUUGAUGACGAAGAGACAGUUGUUCAGACUUCGCUUGUCAAAUUGGUGCUCGACAACAAAACUGGACUUCUGAAGCGGAUUGAAAUGAACGGAGUCUCUGAGAAUAUUGAGCAGAGCUAUGGAGUUUACAGGACCUACGACUCUGGUGCCUAUGUCUUCCGCCAGUACAACCAAGGAGACUUCGUCAUCCAGGAAGAUGGAGUCGAGUUUACUGUCUACGAAGGAGCCUUGGUCAAGGAAGUCCACCAGAAAUUCAAUGAUUACAUCUCGCAGGUCAUUCGAAUCUACGAAAAGAAAAACAUUGUGGAGUUCGAGUGGCUGGUUGGCCCCGUCCCAGUUGAAGACGAUUUUGGAUUUGAAGUUGUUUCAGUCUUUAGCAGUGAAAUUGCUUCCAAUGGCGUCUUUUACACUGACUCCAAUGGUCGUGAGUUGAUCAGACGUGAGAAGGACAAGCGCGAGGACUUCUCCCCCGAACUUGCAGUGCAGCCAACCUCCGGAAACUAUUACCCAAUUACAUCCCGCAUUGCUCUGCAGGACAGUAACAAGCGCAUUGCCGUUUUGAAUGACCGAGCUCAAGGAGGAUCCAGCAUGACGGACGGCCAAAUUGAACUCAUGUUGCAUCGUCGUCUUGUUCGUGAUGAUGGAUACGGAGUGGAUGAGACCUUGAACGAACAGAAAUACGGACAGCCUUUAAUUGCUCGUGGUAAGCUCUUCCUGAUCCUGAACGCUGCCGAUGAAUCCACCUCCGCGGAGCGAGAAGCCGAGAAGGAGUUCCACCUGCCCCUUUGGAAGUUCUUCAGUAAGAACACCGGAAGCACCACCGCUGCCGCCAAGUCAGUUCCCAGCUUCGAUGAUUUCCCCAAGUCGGUCCAUCUGCUCACCCUGGAGCCCUUCAACGAUGACGAGGUGCUGCUGCGUGUGGAGAACUUCAAGGAUCACAUCGAAGGCAAAGUGGUUAGCUUCAACAUUCACCCGAUCUUCGAGUACUUGAACGGAGUGGAAAUCCGUGAAACCACCUUGGAUGGCAGUCUGCCACUCAGUGACUUGAAGCGAUUCAAGUUCCACGCUGAGGGUUCGGGAGCUAGGGGAUCAGAGCCUGAGUACUACACCUCGGCCCACAAGCCACUGUCAGCCAAUCAGACGCAGGAUGCCUCCGAAUUCGCUGUGACAUUGUACCCAAUGCAGAUUCGAACUUUUAUAAUUAAGAUUAAGUAAUUCAAUUAGAUCAGAUAAAUGAUCUCUACAAGAAUAAAGAAAAAAGCUAAUUAACAAAAAUA